UAAAAAAAAUAUUUUAUAAUUUGGAUAUCAAGGUUACAGGUUAAAGCAUAUUCUAUCAAUAUACAUAUUGAUUCAUACAUCAAUCCUUAUAAUUAAUUCAUUGUACUUUUAUGAACUUUCAAUGGCAUUGUAUAACUUAUCGGUUUAUAUAUAUGAAACAUAUGUACCAUGUUAUUGAUUUUAUUAAAUCCAAAAAUUUUUAAUAAAAUAUAAUUAUCUAAAACUUAAAAAUGGCAAAGGAAUUAAGAACUUUUGGCUUGCUUUUAUAUAAAAAUUUAAUAGUUAGAAAAAAGCAUUGGAAAACGACAAUAUUUUUACAAUGUUUGAUACCUAUUAGCUUAUUUAUAUUGAUACAAGCUAUAAGAGAUUUCAGCGUGCAACCACCUCUUAUAUUUAAUGAAAGUACAUAUUAUCCUAUACAAACCAAAAAAAAAUUAACAUUAUUAAAUAGAGAAUUUACACAAUUAUAUUAUGUACCACAGAAUUCAUACACAGAAAAUAUUUUAGAAGAUGUUCGUAUGUGUUUAAAACUAUCACAUGAAAAUGUAGCUGGUUUUUUAACUGAGAAUGAUAUGAUUAAUGCUUAUACAAUGUUGCAAGCCAAAUCUCCUACUACAGAUGUUUUAGCUCUUGUUUUUGAACAAUAUAAUACAACUGACAUAAGAUAUAAAAUCAGACAUUCUUUAAAAAUUCCAAAUAUAUUAUUUCAAAAUAUGUUUGAUCAACCUCAUUAUAAUGUACAUACCAUAUAUUUCAAUACCAUUCCAUUUGUGCAAUUACAAAUAUGUGUUGAUGAAACUUUUAUACAUCACAUAGCAUCGCAUCCUAUGAUGGAUAUAAAGCUGUCAAUACAAAGAAUGCCUUACCCUCCACAUGUUAAAAUAGAUGAAUCUGAUACAAUAUUAAGAUUAGUGAUAUGUAUGUUUGCAGUUAUUGCUUUUUUAAUACCACUUUGUAUAGAAACAAAUUAUGCAACAAAAGAAAAAUAUAUUGGUGUAAAUGUUUUAAUGGCAAUGAAUGGAGUAAAACAAUAUCAGAAUCUAUUAAGUUGGUUGAUUGUUGGCAUUAUAUUUAGUAUUUUUUAUAUAGUACCAAUAAUAAUAUUAUUUAAAAACACUUUUUCUGGAAAUGUUGAUCCAUAUUUGUACUAUAGCAAUACUUUUAUAUUUUGGAUAAUACUCACAGCACAUAUUGCUCAUUUAAUAUCAUUUGGUAUGCAUAUUGCUGCAUAUUUUUCAAAACCACGUUUUGUGAUAAUAACACUAUCAAUUAUUUAUUCUGCCUCUUUUUCGCUUCAUGCACAUUUGAUACGAGAAGAAAUCUUUUCAAUAAUACCAUAUUUAGGAAUAUUAUUUCCAAAUAUAUUGCUAUAUAAAUUUUUUGAAGAAGUAAAUGCAUAUGAAGCUCACUUAACUGGUAUUCAAUGGUCAAAUAUGUUUAUUGUUGGAAAUGCACAAUAUAAUAUUACUGGAUGUAUUGGAUUUAUAUUUAUUUUUUCAAUUUUUGGUACUUUAUUACAUUUUUCACUAUCUGUAUAUAUUAAUGCUAUACUCCCAGGAAAAUAUGGUAUUCGUAAAGAUCCAUUUUAUUUUUUAAAGUAUUUAAAAAAGAAUAAAAUAAAUCUUGAUGAAAACAUAGAGGAUUUUGAUUAUAAUAAUAUAGAUAAUGAAAAUUUUGAGCCAAUUGCAAAAGGAAUACUUAUUCCUGGAAUACAAAUCCGUAAUCUUAAAAAAACAUAUAAAAAUACUUGUUUCCAAAAAUCAACAGUUCAAGCUUUAAAGGGAAUUUCAAUGGAUUUAUAUAAAGGACAAAUAACAGCUUUAUUGGGACAUAAUGGAGCUGGGAAAACUACACUUAUGUCUAUCUUGACAGGCGUAAUAAGUCCAACUGAAGGAAAAGUUAUUAUAAAUGGUAAAAAUAUAGCAAAACAUUUACAAUGUAUUAGAAACAAUUUAGGUUUAUGCCCUCAAGAAAAUAUAGUUUUUCCUGAUUUAAGUGUAUUUGAACAAUUAAAAUUUUUUGGUUUACUAAAAGGUACAAAUAAAACACAAAAAGAAAUCCAACAAAAUGUUAAUAUCCUAUUGGAUAAAUUAAAAUUGCGUGAAAAAAGAAAUGUUCUUCCAAACAAGUUAUCUGGAGGACAAAAGAGAAGAUUAUGUCUUGGAAUGGCACUUAUUGGUGAUGCUAAUAUUAUAAUUUUAGACGAACCAACUUCUGGAAUGGAUCCUGAAACUAGAAGAGAUAUAUGGGAUAUUAUUUUAAAAAUAAGAGGAAAGAAAACAAUUUUAAUUAGUACACAUAAUAUGGAAGAAGCUGAUAUACUUGGAGAUCGAAUUGCUAUUGUACACGGAGGACGAUUAAAAUGUUAUGGCACAUCAAUGUUUUUGAAAAAACAAUAUGGUUAUGGUCAUAUCGAAGUUACUUUAUCAACAAAAUCAUGGUGUAAUGCAGAAAAAAUUAUAAAUAAAUUUGAUCCAAGGACGCAACAAAUAAAUGUUGAUAGUGAGAAGAUUGUUUUAAGUGUACCAAAUACUGAAACUUUACCACAAUCUUUAGAUAAUGUUGAAAAUCAAAAAAAAAAUCUGGGAGUUACUGGAAUUAGUGUAUCAUUAAUUACUUUAGAAGAAGUAUUCUUAAAAGUAAUUAAAAACGAAGAUAAUGGAAAGCAUUUGAAUGAAUUAUAUUGUCCUCCAUCACAAAAAAUAGAAGGAUGGAGUUUAUGCAUACAGACAAUUUUAGCGCUAUAUCAUAAGAAAUUGAUAUACACUAAGAAAAAUUUAACUAAUAUAAUAUUAACAUAUCUUUUACCACUUUUUUCGGUUGUGUUAAUAGGCUUAAGUUAUGAUAUGCCUAGUGAUUCAACGAAUAUAUUUCCAUUAGAACUUAAUAUGUAUAAACAUCCAAAAGCUCUAUAUUCUUUUAAAAACGAAAGUAUUGGAACAGAAAAUUCAAUUCAAAUAAAAUAUUUUGGUGGAAUUACAGAAAACAUAGAACAAAAUACAAGCGUUACACAAGCUUUAUUGGAUCGCGCUAUCCAAAAUAUAGCAGAAUAUCGUAAUAAUUAUAUUGUUUCUGCAGAAUUUAAUAUUUCUGAUGGAAUUUUAUAUGCUAAUGGUUUUUAUUCUGGGAUUGCAAUUCACAGUGUGCCAUUAACUAUAAAUUUAUUAUCAAAUGCAUUAAUUAAAAGUAUAGCUGGUGAUGAAUAUUCUAUUCAUGUUUCAAGCCAAAAAUUACCAAAUGCAUUAUCUGCUACAAUAUUAUACAUGCCAGAAAAUGAAUCUUUGACAAGAGUAUUGAUCUUUUGCUGUUUUUUCUUUCCUACUGUAGCACUCUUUGUAGUCCAUCCUUUUCAAGAAACAGAGACUAAAAUGAAACAACUCCAAAGAAUGACAGGAGUUACCUCUUUUUCAUAUUGGUUUACUAUGUUUACUUUUGAUUUAUUAGUUCUUACAGAUAUCAUAAUUGUUAUUGUACUAGGAUUUUAUGCUAUGGAUAUCAUCUUGGAUAUACGCUUAUAUUACAUGAUAGAAAUAUUUACGAUGAUAUUACUGCUAUUUCUUUUUGGUAUAAAUUCUUUAAUCAUAUCAUAUAUCUUCAGUUUCAUUAAUAAAUCAAGAAACACAAUAAUAACUGUUUUAAGUCUUGUACCUGUUGGAUUUGUUUUAUUUCAAUAUCUUUUACACGAAGUGAUUCAUAAUUUUGAUAAUCUCAAAAUUUUAUAUUCGAUUCAGAAAAAUCUAUUUCGUUUGAUACCUCAUGUGAGCCUAUUUCAUGGUCAAUUGUCUUUUUUCAAUAUAGCUAUACAAAAUGCGAGAUGUCGUCGAUUACCAAAUCGAUUGCAAGAUGUAGUUUGUUUAGCUCUUUCGGAUAUAUGUUGCGGUUUGGAUUGUGUGGAUGGAGUAUGCAAGAAUCAACUUUCUUAUUUUUCUAAUUAUGAUAAUGACAUGAGUUUGAAAGAAUGCAUUAUUUAUUUAUCCUUCACACCAUUAAUAUAUUUCACAAUACUCAUUAUUUUAGAGGAACGUUUACCGCAUAAAUUUUAUGCUAAAAUAUUGAAUCAAAAUUUAAAAAAUCCAUGUGAUAUAAAAGAUGAUCAAGUAAAAAAGGAGAAACAUGCAGUAGCGGUAGAAAUUAGAAAAUUAUUAAAUCGUGGUGAAGCAAAAGAAAUUAAUAAGAAGAAAAUUAAAACAGUUUCCACUACUGAAAAUAAUUUGUUAGAAAGUCCAGAAAAUAACAAAGAUAGUCUGUUUUUAGUUUAUGAAUUGAGCAAAUAUUAUGGGAAAUUAAUGGCAGUGCAGGAAAUUAGUUUUAGAGUAAAACAACGAGAAUGUUUUGGAUUACUUGGAGUUAAUGGCGCUGGAAAAAGUACCACGUUUAGAAUGUUAACUGGUGAAGAAAUACCAAAUAGUGGUAUCAUGUACUUAGGAAAGUCAGAAAUUAAUAUUAAUCGAAAAGAUUAUCUAGCUCAAAUGGGAUAUUGUCCACAAACUGAUGCAUUGCUCAAUUCCUUGAAUGCAUUUGAUCAUUUAAGAUUAUUUGCUUUACUUCGCGGUAUUCCUAAAUCAAAAGUAGAUUUAGAAGUUAACAAAUGGAUUAAUAGACUCGAUUUAAAUGCUUGCAUGCAUCAACCAAGCAAUACAUACAGCGGUGGUAAUAAACGACGUUUGAACAUUGCAAUGGCACUUAUUGGAAAUCCAACUCUCGUUCUAUUGGAUGAACCAACGACGGGAGUUGAUCCUGCGGCUAGAAGAUUGCUUUGGAAUAUACUUAAGUCUUGUCAAAAAAUGGGACAAGCUAUUAUACUUACUUCUCAUAGCAUGGAAGAAUGCGAAGCUUUAUGCAAUAGAUUAGUCAUUAUGGUGAAAGGUCAAUUAGUUUGCAUCGGUGCAAGUCAGGAAUUGAAACAACGAUUCGGUGCUGGUUACGAUAUUCACAUUAAAUUAAAUCCAAGUCGAACGGAUGAUGAUGUCAUCAAUAUAAAAAAGAUUAUAGAAUCAUCUCUACUUUGUGAAAUUAGAGAUGAGAAUUUGGGACUUAUAGCAUAUCACGUGAAUGAUAUUGGAACGACAUGGGAAAAGAUGUAUAAUACAAUGAAUGAUUUAAAAAGACAAUACAGUUGUAUCCAAGAUUAUGCUGUUUUAUCUGCUACUUUAGAACAACUUUUUAUUCAGUUUGCUAGAGGAACUGAAUUAACAAAAUCUAAAACGUCUACGGUGGAUUCCACUACACAAACAACAAAUGUGUAAAUAGUAGGCAAUAUUUUAACAUAAAAAAAUGAAUUUCUUUAUUAAAUUAUUUUUUUUGUAAAUAUAAUUAAGGUAUUUCUUUCUGAUAUACGUAUAAUGUUAUAGCAAUUUUUAAUUUAUGUAUGUUUAAGUUAUUUAUUUGAAUAUAUAUGUUUAAAUUAAAAAAAAAUAUUUUAUUAUUUAGAAUUUGUAUU